UCUUUUUUAAGCCUUAGCCUUCCCUCUCAACUUCUCUAUUCUCUCUCUUUCUCUCUCUCUCUCUUCUUUACAAUUUUUUCUAUCUCUGUUCUCUGUGAACGCUGAUUCUUUUUUCUUGAUCUCUCGAGAGCAAAUCAUCAUCAUCGCCCAUGGCUGAGGAGACUCAGAAGCCUGCAGCACCUGCACCGGAGGCUCCUUCUACUGAGGAGGUCGUAGUGGAGAAGCCUGUUACUGAGAAGGAGCCUCUACCUGCUACUGAAUCUGAACCUCAGGCACCGGAGAAGCCUGCAAUUGUGGUUGAGGAGGAGGUCGUUGCUGUUGAAGCUGAGAAACCUAAGGAAACUGAGGAAGUUAAGAUUCCUCAAUCUGUUUCUUUUAAGGAAGAGACUAAUGUUGUUGGGGAACUUCCUGAAUCUCAAAAGAAAGCCCUUGAUGAGUUGAAACAGCUCAUCCAAGAAGCACUUAAUAAGCAUGAGUUCACUGCCCCGCCGCCGCUGCCACCUGUGAAAGAGGAGGCGAAGCCGGCUGAGCCUGAAAAGACUGAGGAGAAAGCCGAGGAGAAAGUUGAAGUCAAGGAGGAAGAGAAAACUUCUGAUGCUCCUUCUACAAGUGAAGAGCCUAAAACUGAAGAAGAACCUAAAGCCGCCGAGGUUGAGACUGUAACUCCACCACCCCCACCGCCAGUGGAAGUCAAGGGAGAGGAGAAGGUGGAAGUGAAAGAAGAAAAUAAGGAUGAACUACCGGCUGAAGCUGUUGUGAUCGCUGAAGUGGUGGCGGCGAAGGUGACUACUGUGGAUGAGGAUGGAACCAAGACGGUAGAGGCAAUUGAGGAGACCGUAGUAGCGGUUUCUUUAGCUCCUCCUGCUGCAGAGGAGCCAGCACCGGCUAAAGAAGUUGAGGCCGCUCCAACGGAGGAAACCAAAACAGAGGAAACUCCUGCUCCUCCACCACCACCACCGGAGGAAGUUUUCAUCUGGGGAAUUCCACUCCUUGGAGAUGAGAAGAGCGAUGUGAUCCUCCUGAAAUUCCUGAGAGCCAGGGAUUUCAAGGUGAAGGAUGCCUUCACCAUGAUCAAGAACACUGUACGCUGGAGAAAGGAGUUUGGAAUUGAUUCUCUGCUUGAAGAAGACCUUGGAAAUGAAUUGGAAAAGGCUGUGUUUAUGCACGGAUUUGACAAAGAAGGUCACCCUGUGUGCUACAAUGUUUUUGGUGCUUUCCAGGACAAGGAGCUCUAUCAGAAUUCGUUUGCUGAUGAGGAGAAGCGUGUGAAAUUCCUGAGAUGGAGGAUUCAAUUCCUGGAGAAGAGCAUCAGGAAGCUCGAUUUCAGUCCCAAUGGAAUCUGCACUAUUGUCCAGGUCAACGAUCUUAAGAAUUCUCCAGGGCCUGCUAAGAGGGAGCUUAGGCAGGCAACCAAUCAAGCCGUCGCUUUGCUUCAAGAUAACUAUCCUGAAUUUGUUGCCAAGCAGGUGUUCAUCAAUGUUCCAUGGUGGUACCUUGCAUUUAAUAGGAUGAUUAGUCCUUUCCUGACACAGAGGACCAAGAGCAAGUUUGUUUUUGCUGGUCCAUCAAAAUCUGCUGAGACCCUUUUCAGAUACAUAGCUCCUGAGCAAGUCCCAGUUCAGUAUGGUGGACUAAGCAGGGAAGGUGAACAAGAAUUUAAUGUUGCUGAUUCUGCCACUGAGGUUAUAAUCAAGCCAACAACCAAACAUACUGUUGAAUUCUCAUUAUCUGAGAGGUGCCUUCUGGUCUGGGAACUCAGAGUUCUGGGUUGGGAUGUAAGCUAUGGAGCCGAGUUCGUGCCGGAUACAGAAGAUGGUUACACUGUUAUUGUAUCAAAAACCAGGAAGAUCAGCUCAACUGAUGAACCUAUUAUCAGUGACACCUUCAAGAUUGGUGAAUCCGGCAAGGUAGUGCUCACCAUUGAUAACCAAACAUCCAAGAAGAAGAAGCUUCUGUAUAGGUCCAAGACCAAACCCUUGUCUGAAUGAGCUUCAACUUCAAAAAUCCAAUGCCAUUGUGGGGGAAUCAAGUAGAAGACAUGGAAUGGAAUUGCAGAAAUAAGAAACAGGGUUUUUUUAUUUUAUUUUAUUUUUUGAAAAUCUUUGUUUAAAAUGAAUUUUUGUUAUAUAAAGUCUGGGGAAUUUAUUUAUUAGUUUUGUUGGGGGAGAUUUUGUUAAUUGGUGUUGGAGUGGAUACAUAUUACUGGUAAAGAACAAUCUGGGAAAUGCAUUGGACAGACAAUAUUUGAGGUUGUUUUAUGUGUUGUUGAAUAUAAAUGUAUGUGUCCCACCUGUUGACAGCUUUC